AUGGGGGUGCUGACUGCCAGCAGAUGUCACAGUGACACCCUGACCCCCCCACACCGAUCCGCUGAUGCUGCUCUGCACCAAGUCAGAGCUGGAGUUUGCUUCUUUUGGGUGAGCUGUGACCUGGAUGGAGGCGCCCAGGGCACCGUGCGCCCAGCUCUGAGGAAACAGGGGGAAACGGUCUGCUGUCUGGACCUGGUUUGGUUCUGGACUCAGUUCAUCCAGAGGUGUCCAGCUUCUCUGAUGUCAGUUCUGUGGCAGCCUGACCCAGACCCAAACCAGAGCCUGACCCAGACCCACAGAGAAACGCCGUACCACGUCAACCUGCUGCUGGCGGGCUACGACGAGGCCGACGGGCCGGGCCUCUUCUACAUGGACUACCUGUCGGCCCUGGCCAAGGCGCCCUUCGCCGCCCACGGCUACGGCGCCUUCCUCACCCUGUCCAUCCUGGACCGGUACUACAAACCAGAUCUGACCCGAGAGGAGGCCGUGGACCUGCUGAAGAAGUGCAUCGAGGAGGUGGGUGUGGGUUCCUCUGUGGGUCGGUUCCUCUGUGGGUUCUUUCCAGGUUCUAACUGCUUCUCUGACCUCCUGCAGCUCAACAGACGCUUCAUUCUCAACCUGCACUCCUUCAACGUCCGCAUCAUCGACAAGGAAGGCAUCCACGACAUGGAGAAGCUGACCGUGGACGCCAAGUGA